CUCGCAGCCAGUUGAGCCUCGGCAGCUUUUUAGCCUCGCCCGAGAGGCCCCGAAUGGACUGCAACGCGUGCGAGUUCUGCCUCGACAAGAAGAAGAACGGCGGCCCCGGCCUCAAGCGCAAGGCGUGCCUGUACAAGCAGCGCGGCGGCGGCCCCGCCGCUGGCGGCAGUCAGAGCGCCGACGGCGCAGGCGCCCAGCAGCCUGCGGAGGCUGCGCCGGCGCGCGCGCCGUCGCCGCCGGCCGGGGCUGAGAGCGGCGGGGACCAGAUCCCCGCCGCGGCCGCCCCCUCGCCGGCGCAGCCCCCCUCGCCCGCUCCGGCCGCCGCUGCAGCCGGUGUCGCCAGUGCGGCCGGCGCCACAGCCACACCGGGCGUGGCCUCCGCGGCCGCGCCCGCGUCGAGCGGGGGCGGCCACCCGCCGCAGGCGUUGCGGCAGACCCCCGCCGCCGUGCCGGCCAUGCCCCCCAUGGACAUGGGGGCGCAGCUGGCGGCGGCCGUGCAGCAGCAGGCGGCGGUGCAGCAGGCGCAAGCGCGCGCUCAGGCACAGGCGGCGGCGCAGGCGCAUCCGCACGCGCAGGAGGAGGCGCUGGGCGGGCCCUCCCUGCCCUUUGCGAUGACCUCUGCGCCCCGCGCGAUGGUUCCGCAGCCGCCGCAGCAGCCGGCGGCCGUCGCGCCGCCGCAGCCGCCGCCGCAGCCAGAGGUGCAGCGCGCGUCGUCUGCGGGUCCCUCCGAAGCGGGCAGCAGCUCCGCCGCGGACGCGGAGCUGGGGGCGGAGGAGGACUACAAGGCCGUCCACCUUGUCGGCGAUGGCCUCGACGAUGACCGCGCGCCUCUCAACGAGCUGCCCGUCAACAAGAGCAGUAGCAAGAAGGCCUCGACGCCGGCCGCAGCCGUGCCCUCGACGCCGCUCAAGACGCCCGAGAUCGAGGCGCUGCUCGCGAAUGGGGGCUCGAGCCCGCUCCUCGAGCUCGCCGACCUUAUCGGCGCGCGGGGGGCAGCCGCAAGCGCCCCCGCCGGCGGCGCCCCCGAGAUGUCGCCUCUCUUCCAGCUGGCAAACAUGCUGGACCGCACGCCGCGGUUGCCGAUGCCUCGACCGUCCAUGGGGUCGGCGGACCGGCCGGUGGAGGCGAGCGGCAUCGUGGGCGUGCUGCUCGGCUCGUCGCUCGCCGCCUCGCCCAACAGCGCCGCCAAUACGCCCGACCAGCUGCGGCAGGACCUGAAGAGGGCGCUCGACCACUCGUUUAGCUCGCGCGACCCGGCCGCCUCCGAGAUGAUGCCGCCGCCCGCGGCGCGGCCGUCGGGCGGCGGCGCGCAGGAGAAGAAGGCGCCCAAGCGCAACCUCGAGGAGUCGCUCGCCACCGACGGAGUCGGCCUCUCGCCCCUCUCCAGCCAGCUGGUCAAGGGGCUGUUUGACAAGAUGGGCAACGACGACUUUGACCUGGGCGAGCUCGUCGUGGGCGGCAUGGACCAGGGGGGAGAGGAGAAGGCCGAGCGGCGAAAGUCGACGUCGGGCUCGAGCAAGCGCGGCAAGCGGCAGGAGAAGGAGAAAGGAAAGCCCGUAAAGUGCCGUUGCGACAAGUCGGGCUGCCUCAAGCGCUACUGCGUCUGCUUUGCCGUCGGCAACCUCUGCUCCGCCGAGUGCGUGUGCAAGGGCUGCGAGAACGACGACUCGACCGAGGAGCGGAGGCAGAAGCGCGCCGCCGCCAUCGCCGCGAUGGAGAAGAAGAAGGCGAACGCCUUCAAGCCGCGCAUCGGCGGGGAGGAGGGGACCGACGCGGUGCACUUGAUUGGCUGCAACUGCAAGAAGAGCGGCUGCAUCAAGCGGUACUGCGAGUGCUACCAGUCUGGCGUCAAGUGCUCCGACAACUGCAAGUGCGUCGACUGCAAAAACCCGUUCGGCGCCUUCGAGGGCUGCAAACGCUCCGAGCCCGCCCCGGAGGCGAAGGCCGCCUCCUCGCCCGCGCGCCUUCGGUCGCCUGGUGGCGGCCCUCGCUCGCCGCGGCAGCCAGCCUCGCCGGCCGACACGCUCAUCGCGGCAGCGGCGGCGGCGGAGAAGGCAGCUGCGAUGGAGGUCGACUACCCCCGCGGCUCGUCACACGGCGCGCCGGCCUCCGCCGCGCCAGUCGGCCCGUUUCCUGCCGGAAUCGGCCCGUCUCCCGCGGCGCCGGGCAUUCUGCGGAUGAUGACGUCCAUCGACGGGAAGAAGAUCUCCCCGUCGAUGCAGGCGAGCCGCGAGGCCGCCGAGACGCUUGCGCGCGCGGCGGCCGAGGCGAUCAACGCGCCGACGCCGAAAGGAUUCCCCAUGCUGACGCCCGCCGGCAAGCCGCAGCCCAAGGCAGUGUCGUCCUCCGACCCGGCCUCUUCGGUCGGGCCGGCGACGACCAUGGCCGACAUCCACCGGCCUGUGCAGGCUCUUGCCCCGCCGGGGAUCUUUUAGUGGACCCUAAGCUGUCCUCUUUGCAUGCGACUUUGCCACGGCGGCCCGCCGUGGUCCGGUCCGUGUGAGCGCGCGCGCUCGCGC